AUGGAGCUGAACGCACUACAGGAGGAGAGCCAAAAGAAGGGAAGUGACAACAAAGCCUUUGAGUCAGAGGAGCAGGAUCAGAUAUGCAUUGAUGUUGACAGUGCCUCUGAAGAUCAGAAUGCAUGUGAAAAAUACAAAGUGGAAGACAAAGAGAAUGAAGGCUUCCUGGAGAAGAAAAUGGAGGCAUUCCAGGAGUAUUUGGGAGAGCACAAAGUCCAGAUCAAGCUAAUUGUCCUUCUGGUUUUAGGAGCAGGUUUCAUUGCCAUGGUGAUUGCGGCGUGCAUUCUUAAUUUCUAUCAGGCAAUUGGGCUGCUGGUCAUCACCUUGGUAACUGCAUUCUUCCUGCUCUGGGAUUGGAUGAUGGAGCGCUAUGGCGACAGGGUGUGGGAGGAGCUCUCUCCUGUCAGGGACCUCUUCAACAGAAACUGGUUUUGGAUCAGAUGGGUGGUGUGUGUGUUGCUGUUAGUUGGGGUGGUGUGCUGGCUGGCACUGGACACAGCCAAGCAGGGGACCAGACAGUUGGUGUCUUUUGCUGGUCUGCUGGUCUUCAUCUUCUUAAUGGUGGUGUUCUCCAAGAGCCCAUUCAGGAUUUCUUGGCAAACCCUGCUAUGGGGCACUGGGCUACAAUUUGUCUUUGGUCUCCUAAUCCUUAGGACCAAAUAUGGCUAUAUUGCAGUGGAAUGGCUUGGAAAACAAGCAGAGAUCUUUCUGUCUUACGCAGACGUCGGAUCUGAGUUUGUCUUUGGUGAAAGUUACGCAGACCACAUGUUUGCCUUCAAGGUGAUGCCUGUCUUGGUCUUUUUCAGCACAGUCAUCUCCAUCCUCUACUAUGUCGGCUUCAUGCCGUGGCUCAUUCUCAAGAUUGGAUUCAUAAUGCAGGUAACCAUGGGAACAUCUCCAACAGAAUCAAUGGCUGCUGCUGGAAACAUAUUUUUGGGACAGACAGAGUCGCCUCUACUGAUUCGUCCAUAUAUCAGUCAGCUGACCCGAUCUGAGAUCCAUGCCGUGAUGACAGGAGGUUUUGCUAGCAUCGCUGGUUCUGUCAUGGGAGCCUUCAUUGCCUUUGGGAUUGAGUCAUCCCACCUGUUGUCAGCCUCCAUUAUGUCGGCUCCAGCCUCCCUGGCCAUCUCUAAGACAUUCUGGCCUGAAACCGAGACGCCCUGUGUAACAGUCACCAGCAGCAUCAAACUGGACAAAGGAGACAGUAAGAACAUGCUGGAAGCAGCAUCCAACGGAGCAUCUUCUGCUGCCGGUCUGGUGGCCAAUGUCAUCACCAACAUCAUCGCUUUCUUGGCAUUGCUAGCCUUUCUCGACGCUGCCCUCUCCUGGCUGGGAGCAAUGUUCGACUACCCUCAGCUAAGCUUCUCGGUCAUCUGCUCUUACCUGUUCAUGCCUCUGGCCUUCAUGAUGGGCGUAUCCUGGGAAGACAGUUUCAUCGUGGGUGAGCUGAUUGGCUUAAAGACGGUUUUCAAUGAGUUUGUGGCCUAUCAGAAGCUGUCCGAGCUCAUUAACAAGCGGAAGGCAGGGGGGCCAGAAUAUGUGGACAACGUAAAGCAGUACAUUUCUGUCCACUCUGAAACCAUAGCAACCUACGCUCUGUGUGGAUUUGCCAACUUUGCCUCUCUGGGGAUGAUGGUUGGAGCACUGUCGGGCAUGGCUCCAGAAAGAAGUACUGACAUCUCCAACUGUGGCAUCAGAGCGCUGAUUGCAGGCAGUGUCUCCAGCUUCAUGACUGCAUGCAUCGCAGGUGUGCUGUAUAUCCCAACUCUUCCAUGCCCGCAAUUUCUGGACACGCUUCUCAACAAUACUGAAGUGGCUGCCAGCACACAACUAGUCACCUGCUGCACAGACCUGUAUAACAGUGUGACGGUGUAUGAGCCGUGGAACGUGACAGUUGGAGGAGGAUUCAGUCUGAGCAGUCUACAAGUCUGCUGCCCACUCACACCCCCUACUAACCUCAACUGUAGCCUGGUGCUUUGAAAUCCCACUCCAAACACACACACACACACACACACACACACACACACACACAA